AAAUCAAUAUCUCCAAAAAGAGUUAGAAAGAAAAAAAAUAACUUAAGAUGGUAGAUCUUUAUGAGUUCUGGGCUGUGAUAGUUUCACUCAUAGUGGUGAAGCUGUGUCACUCGAUCUAUCAGUGGAGGAAUCCAAAAAGUAAUGGAGAACUUCCUCCAGGAUCUAUGGGUUAUCCAAUCAUUGGAGAGACUUUCGAGUUCAUGAAGCCUCAUGACGCUAUUCAGUUACCAACAUUCGUGAAGGAGAAAGUACUCAGACAUGGACCAGUUUUUAGGACAAGCUUAUUUGGAGGAAAAGUUAUAAUUUCGACUGAUAUUGGGUUGAACAUGGAGAUAGCAAAGACAAAUCAUAUUCCUGGUAUGCCGAAGAGCUUAGCGCGGCUAUUUGGGGCAAACAACUUGUUCGUGAAUAAGGAUACUCAUAAACAUGCCCGCAGCUUGACAAACCAGUUUUUAGGUUCGCAAGCUUUGAAAUUAAGAAUGCUUCAAGACAUCGAUUUCUUGGUUCGCACACACCUGAAGGAAGGAGCUAGGAAAGGCAGCCUUGACAUCAAGGAAACGACAAGCAAGAUCAUUAUUGAAUGUCUUGCGAAGAAAGUAAUGGGGGAGAUGGAACCAGAUGCAGCAAAAGAACUCACACUCUGUUGGACAUUUUUCCCAAGGGAAUGGUUUGGAUUCGCUUGGAAUAUCCCGGGGACUGGUGUCUAUCGAAUGGUGAAGGCAAGAAAUCGGAUGAUGAAGGUACUAAAGGAGACGGUACUUAAGAAAAGAGCAUCAGGAGAGGAAUUGGGGGACUUUUUCAAGACUAUCUUUGGAGAUACUGAAAGAGGCGUGAAAACUAUAAGUUUAGAGAGUGCCACCGAGUACAUAUUUACUCUGUUUUUGCUUGCUAACGAAACAACACCAGCGGUCCUUGCGGCUACAAUAAAGCUCAUAAGUGACCAUCCUAAAGUGAUGCAAGAGUUACAGAGAGAGCAUGAAGGAAUUGUCCGAGAUAAGAUUGAGAAAAAUGAGAAAGCUGACCUAACAUGGGAAGACUACAAAUCAAUGACUUUUACCCAGAUGGUGAUAAAUGAGUCGCUUAGGAUCACAAGCACGGUACCGACGGUGCUUAGAAUAAUUGAUCAUGAGUUUCAAUUUGGUGAGUAUACAAUUCCAGCAGGUUGGAUCUUUAUGGGUUAUCCUUAUGUGCAUUUCAAUGCAGAAAAGUAUGAUGACCCUUUAGCAUUUAAUCCAUGGCGCUGGAAGGGAAAAGACUUGAGCGCGAUUGUCUCCAGGACUUACAUUCCCUUUGGCUCGGGUUCUAGACUAUGUGUAGGAGCUGAAUUUGUUAAGUUGAAGAUGGCCAUUUUUAUCCAUCAUUUGUCUAGAUACAGGUUCAUUUAUUUAUCACUUAAUUACUCCACGAUUCAAUUUAAUUUUAACUGAAGUCAAAGUUUAUUUUAUUUACGUUUCUAUACCUAUGGUGUGAAGGUGGUCAAUGAAGACAGAGACUACUUUACUUCGAAGAUUUGUACUUAUACUUCCACGUGGAUCAGAUGUUCAAAUCUUAGAAGACACCAAAGCUAAAUAACUUUGUUGGUUACUUGGUUAUUAGAAUGAUUGUAUUACAUUGUACUAUGUUAUGCGAUAAUAAUAAAAUUCAGUUUAAAACAUUUCUUUACCU